AUUAACAUGUGACCAUUUCGCGGCUUUCAAUCAAUCAAGGCUUUGUCCAUUCCCAGAGCUAGGUUUGUGUGACACCGUUUGCAGCUGAAAUACGAACAGUGACUGGCUAGAUUGGUCUGAAAAUGCCAAGGGGAAAGAGAAAGACAGUGGAUGAAGCCGGACGAAUGGGUAAAAAGUCCAAAUCCGGGCUGUAUUCGGGACGUGGCAACGGUGCUACAUCUUCGGCGGCAUCGGCGAUAGACAAUGGGAGUACGGAUGACAAACCCAAGGAAGAACGUAUGAAAAUUAGACUGGAAGGAUCCAAAACGAGUGGUGACCUACUUUUUUGUGGCGGAACCAACUGGGAUCUGAUUGGAAGAGCUUCGCUACCAAAAGCUGCCGCUGGUGUGAAGCCGCAAGGUGGUAGAAAUCUCUGGGGACCACAUCACAUUACGAGUAUUGGCAAAAUACGAAUAAGAUCGGUCAUCUCUGGUCCUACAGCUUGCCAUAGUAUCAUAAUAACAGAAGAUGGCAAAGCCAUGAGUUGGGGUCGUAAUGACAGGGAGCAACUCGGCCAUGGCGAUAACGUUCGGCGAGAUAAUCCAACCCUAAUAGAAAGUCUUAAAGAACAUAACAUAGUAUCAGCUGCCUGUGGUAGAAACCAUACACUCUGUCUUACAGAAUAUGGCACAGUCUUUGCAUUUGGAGAUAACAGAUAUGGUCAGUUGGGAAUAGGUCUGCAAAGUGCAUCGGUCGGAAACCCUGUAAAGGUGGGUCAUAAAGGUCAACCAAUUGUUAAAGUUGCGUGUGGCGCUGAUUUCAGUAUGAUUCUAGACUGCAAAGGAAGCCUGCAUUCAUUUGGACAUCCAGAAUACAGUCAGCUGGGUCAUAAUAAUGAUGGCCAGUACUUCGUCACCUCAAAUAAACUCUCAUUCGACUGCCAACUGGUUCCGCGAAAAAUCCAGAUGUUUGUAGAAAAAAAUAAAGGCCAUGUGAUGCCCGUGCCAAAUGUGCUUCUGACUGACGUGGCUUGUGGUACCAACCAUGUGAUUGCUUUAGAUAUCAGAAAACGAGUUUUCACAUGGGGAUUUGGCGGCUAUGGCCGUCUUGGCCAUGCUGAACCAAAAGAUGAAAAAGUACCGCGUAAUCUAAAAACAUUUGACGUGACUGGCAGAGGAGCCAGUAGUAUUUAUUGUGGGGCAUCGUUCUCUAUGGCAGUCAGUGAACAAGGUAUUUUGUAUUUUUGGGGCCAAACCAAAACAACGGGUGAAGCAACAAUGUAUCCCAAACCAGUUCAAGAUUUAACGGGCUGGAAAAUACGAAGUGUUGGCUGCAGCAACCACAGUAUUGUAAUUGCAGCAGAUGAUAGCGUCAUCAGCUGGGGUCCAUCCCCGACAUACGGUGAACUCGGCUACGGUGACCAUGGGGCGAAGUCUUCCACUCAACCCAAAGAAAUUAAACUACUCGAUGGAAUCAAUAUACAUUCUGUUGCGUGCGGAUACGGCCACACUUUAAUGAUAGCGAGGAACGAUUCGGACGAAGACACAAACAGCAUCAACAAAUUACCUGAGUUUUCAGUCAAGGCUGAGAACUGAUCUACUGUUUACUCGCACUGUUUAAAGUGCGAUUUGGUAUUUAAACAUUCGAACUUUUAUUUUUAUUAUGCAUUACAAUUCUUUGAACCAGUUGAACUUUGUACAUAUACAUUUGCCAAACAAUUCAUAAUCAUCAACAGUUUCUUCAUACGUCUUGUUACCUUCUCUGCUCCGAUACUUUGCCCUCGUUUAUCAAGUUGUCGCUGUGGUUGGUGGCGGCCGUAUUUCACACUCAAGAGAAGAUCUGGGCAAUGUGUACCACCAGCAUUAUUAGAUUGGAAGACAAGAGUGAAAAAGAAAAAAAUUGAUGAUAUUUUAAAAAUUUUUAAGAAAUUCACUUGCAGCUUGAUAUGGUUUGUUUAUUUGUCUAAUAUUGAAUGCGAGUUGUAUUACAAACGGAAUUUAUGUUGGUUGUUUUACAAAUGAAUCUUGAUGUAAAUGAAUAGGUACUCUGCCGUGAUUCAUAAUGGAUGGAAACAUGCUGUAUGAUAUGAAAGUGCGUAUUGUGAUUCAGCUCAUUAUCUGCCAUAUUUGGGAAUUGGGAUGCGUAAUGUAUCAUGAAUGAUGCCAGUGAUUUUAAUGUUAAAACUACGAUAAUUCAAAGAAAUUUCCAAAAACCGGGCUGAUCUGGUAUCAUUUAAAACAGGAUUGUAUUCAAGCAUCGAUGUUGGCAUUGUUCAAUGGCGUACUCAAAAUAUUGUUAUGAAGUUGACGAACAUUGUCAGUUUGUGAUUUAUCAAGAAAUGAAAUAACUACCUCCUAUUAGAAGUGCAUCUCGUAAAUCUAAAAUAUACAUUUAUUGUGUGCGGUAUUAUUAAAUAUGAUUUAUUUUUAACCACAUCUUUUAUUUUACUGCUAAUAAAGAAAAUACAGUAGUUAGAAUUGUCAAGUUCUGUAAAGUAGCACAGCAUAGUGAGUUCAAUGAGAAAAGGAAAACUGACGAGUUGAGUGUCAUCUUGAUGAUGAUCAGAUUGCGAGUGCUAUUUUAGCGGCUUGUAAACCGUACAUACUGCGAGACAGAAGUUUAUAAUAUUCAAUGUCUUUAGUUUAUGGAUGGUUUGAUUAUUUGUCCCCCCUUUCCCAUCUCAUUUACAUAUCUAGUUACACACAUACCAUACAAUGAGCGAUGUUAAGUAGUUUGCUUGGAAACCCCCCCCCCCCCCCAAACAACUUUGAUAGCCCCUGGCAUUUUUUAUUACUGAGCAGAAUGUUAUUUCUCCCAGCAGUUCUUUACGUACCAGAUGUUAUCAGCAUUGAACAGUGGUUUGGCUCUCUGGAAUAAAGAAUUGUUAACAGGA